GACCGCCGCUGCAGGCCAUCUCCACGGCCAUCUCUGCCGGAGGAUUCGGGGGCCUUCCUUCUCGUGACGCCGUCGCCACGUGCAGCCUGCUCUACGUGCUUCCGGCUCCUCCGCCCCAAAGCAGCGCUCGCUGGGCCCGGCCGCGCUCGCCUGAGAGUGGCACACCUUCACCAUGCAGAGGAAGAAGGUGGAUAACCGCAUCCGCGUUCUCAUCGAGAAUGGGGUGGCAGAACGGCAGCGCUCCCUCUUCAUUCUCGUGGGGGACCGUGGCAAGGAUCAGGUGGUCAUACUCCACCACAUGUUGUCGAAAGCAGCCGUGAGGGCCCGGCCGUCCGUGUUGUGGUGUUAUAAGAAGGAGCUAGGGUUCAGCAGUCACCGCAAGAAGAGGAUGAGGCAGUUACAGAAGAAGAUAAAGAGCGGGACGCUGAAUGUCAAGCAGGAUGACCCCUUUGAGCUCUUUAUCGCGGCCACCAACAUCCGCUACUGCUACUACAACGAGACCCACAAGAUCCUGGGGAACACCUUCGGCAUGUGCGUCCUGCAGGAUUUCGAGGCCCUGACCCCAAACCUGCUGGCGAGGACAGUGGAAACGGUGGAAGGGGGCGGGAUUGUCGUGAUCCUCCUGCGGACCAUGAAUUCCCUUAAGCAGCUGUACACGAUGACGAUGGACGUGCAUUCCCGCUACCGGACGGAGGCGCAUCAGGACGUGGUGGGGCGCUUUAACGAGAGGUUCAUCCUCUCCUUGGCCUCCUGCAAGAACUGCAUCGUCAUCGAUGACCAGCUCAAUAUCUUGCCCAUCUCCAGCCACACUGCCAACAUCCAGGCCCUGCCUCCUAAGACCCAGGACGAUGAGCUUUCCCCGGCCGACCUGGAGCUCAAGGAGCUGAAGGAAAGCUUGCAGGACACCCAGCCUGUGGGUGUGUUGGUGGACUGCUGUAAGACGCUGGACCAGGCCAAGGCCGUCCUGAAGUUCAUCGAGGCCAUCUCGGAGAAGACGCUGAGGAGCACCGUGGCGCUCACCGCUGCUCGAGGACGAGGGAAGUCAGCCGCCCUGGGGUUGGCCAUAGCCGGGGCAGUGGCUUUUGGAUACUCCAACAUCUUCGUCACGUCGCCCAGCCCGGACAACCUUCACACCCUGUUUGAGUUCAUCUUUAAAGGCUUCGACGCCCUUCAGUACCAGGAGCAUCUAGACUAUGAGAUUAUCCAGUCACUGAAUCCUGAAUUCAGCAAGGCCGUGAUCCGGGUGAACGUGUUCCGUGAGCACCGUCAGACCAUCCAGUAUAUACACCCAGGAGAUGCAGUGAAGCUGGGUCAGGCUGAGCUCGUUGUGAUCGAUGAAGCUGCUGCCAUCCCCCUGCCCUUGGUGAAAAACUUGCUAGGACCCUACCUCGUGUUCAUGGCUUCCACUAUUAAUGGAUACGAGGGGACCGGCCGCUCACUGUCCCUCAAGCUGAUCCAGCAGCUGCGACAACAGAGCGCACAGAGCCAGCUGAGCACCACGGCGGAGAACAAGGCCACCACCACCGCCCGGCUGGCCUCAGCUCGAACACUGCACGAAGUGUCCCUCCAGGAAUCGAUCCGCUAUGCGCCCGGAGACGCCGUCGAGAAGUGGCUCAACGGCCUCUUGUGUCUGGACUGUCUCAGCAUCACGAGGAUCGUCUCGGGCUGCCCUCUGCCCGAGGCCUGUGAACUCUACUACGUGAACCGAGACACCCUCUUCUGUUACCACAAGGCGUCUGAAGCCUUCCUCCAGAGACUGAUGGCGCUCUACGUGGCUUCUCACUACAAGAACUCUCCCAAUGACCUUCAGAUGCUCUCCGAUGCCCCCGCUCACCAUCUCUUCUGCCUCCUGCCACCCGUUCCUCCUACCCAGAAUUCCUUGCCAGAAGUACUAGCUGUCGUCCAGGUCUGCCUCGAGGGGGAGAUCUCACGCCAGUCCAUCCUGAACAGCUUGUCUCGAGGGAAGAAGGCGUAUGGAGAUUUAAUUCCCUGGACCAUCUCUGAGCAGUUCCAAGACCCUGACUUUGGCAGCCUCUCUGGUGGAAGGAUCGUCCGCAUCGCCGUGCAUCCGGAUUACCAAGGGAUGGGCUACGGCAGCCGGGCCCUGCAGCUGCUUCAGAUGUACUAUGAGGGCCGGUUCCCCUGCUUGGAGGAGGUCACCCAGAAAUCACAAGAGAUUAGCACCGUGAGCAGCGAGGCUGUCAGCUUGUUGGAAGAGGCUGUGACCCCGCGGAGGGACCUGCCCCCCUUACUCCUCAAGCUGAGCGAGAGGCCUGCAGAAAACCUGGAUUACUUGGGAGUCUCCUAUGGCUUGACACCAAAAUUGUUGAAGUUCUGGAAACGGGCUGGAUUUGUCCCUGUGUAUCUGAGACAGACACCGAAUGACCUGACGGGCGAGCACUCUUGUAUCAUGCUUAAGACUCUCAACGACGAGGAAGAUUCUGAGCAGGAGCCCUGGCUUCCGGCCUUCUGGAAAGAUUUCCGGAGGCGCUUCCUGUCCUUGCUGGCCUACCAGUUCAGCUCCUUCUCCCCUGCCCUGGCUCUGAACAUCCUACAGAAUAAGAACAUUGGGGAGAAAUCCCAGGCUGAACUGAGCCGAAGGGAGCUGGAGGCCGCCUUCCUUUCCUACGACCUGAAGAGGCUGGAGAUGUAUUCCCGGAACAUGGUAGAUUAUCACCUCAUCAUGGACUUGAUCCCGGCCAUCUCCAGGAUGCACUUCCUGAACCAGUUAGGACAGCUGUCCCUGUCAGCCGCGCAGUCGGCUCUGCUGCUGGGAGUCGGCCUCCAGCACAAGACCAUGGACCAGCUGGAAAAGGAGAUUGAGCUGCCCUGCAGCCAGCUGAUGGGGCUUUUCAACAGGAUCAUCCGCAAAGUGGUGCAGCUGUUCAGCGCAAUCCAGGAGAAAGCCAUCGAGGAGCAGAUGGUGGCAGAGAAAGACGUGGUCAUGGAGCCCACCAUCAAAUCCCUGAAUGAAGACCUGGAUGAAGCUGCAAAAGAAUUCCAGGAAAAACACAGGAAAGAAGUGGGGAAACUGAAGAACAUGGACCUCUCACAGUACAUAAUCCGUGGUGAUGAUGAAGAAUGGAACGAGGUUCUGAACAAAGCAGGACAGAACGCCUCCAUCGUCAGCCUGAAAAGUGACAAGAAGAGAAAGCCUGAUGCUGAAAACGAGGUGAAGCAGAACAAGAAAGUGAAGAAGGGCCGAGCUAUGAAGAACAACAGAGACGGCAAACAGAAAAAGAGGAAGUAGUGGUGGGUGCUGGUGGUCAAGACCCACAGAGCCGUGGGCCAGGCCGCCCAGGGCACUCACCAGUGCCUGGAGAGGAUGGGCGCCAGGGCGGAGCCGGCGUGCCAGGAAGCCUGAGCUUGGCCCCUCGCAGCCCGGUGCUUUCUCUUCCAUGGCUCCCUCCCACCCAUGCCCCCUUCCAAGGCUCUUCUCCAUUUGCUUCCUGACCCACUCUCCCAGAGCUGCUCCCAAGCACCCUGGAGAACCUGAGGGGCCAAGGGCUCGUGCAGGGACACAGCACAGGCAGCCCCAGGGCUUCCCCCAGGACAGGCUUGGAGGAAUGAGGGGUUGGGGAAGGGGACGCCCAACGUAUCCGUUCUGGAUCAUCUACUUCCUUUGGCAGUCCUGCUUCCGCCAGUGUCUUGGGACCAGAAGCCGGAGCCAGCAGCGGGCAGGAUGUUCAGACUUAUUCUGCUUCUGGCUGGUGAUCAUUUUGUUGAUACUGGAAACUGCCGUCUCGGGCAGCCGGGAGCCAGGGGUUCUGAGGGAUUCUUUCACUUUCGUCCCGGAAGGACUCUCUGCUGGUUGGGUAUUAAAUACCUUU